AUGCUUCUUCCAUCAUUCAGCUCCGUGGCCGCCGGAGCCCUCGCUGCCGCCUCCGCUGUCUACGCCCUCCCCCAGUCUUCCGGCUCCGGCUCGGGAUCUUCAUCAAAGGCCUGCAACAACUCUCCCGACCUCUGCAGCCGCAGCUACAACAACAUCACCCACAUGGGCGCUCACGGCAGCUCCUUUCUCCGAGACUCGAGUACUUCGACCUUUGGCGCCGCCGGCAACCAGAACUACAACGCUACCGAUGCCCUCGGCGCUGGUAUUCGUCUGCUGCAGGCCCAGGUUCACAAGGAGAAUAGCACCCUCCGCCUGUGCCAUACUACGUGCGAGAUUCUUGAUGCUGGUCCCCUUGAGGACUGGCUGAGCAACGUCAACGACUGGAUCGUCGCCAACCCCAACGAGGUCGUCACCUUCCUCCUCGUCAACUCUGACAAUGCAUCACCCUCUGAGAUUGGCAAGGCUUUCAACGACUCGGGUAUCGCCGAGCUCGCUUACAGACCUUCCGGCGAAGGACCCUCGGGCGACUGGCCGACGCUCGAGGACAUGAUCAGCGGGAAGCAGCGCGUCGUCGCCUUUGUCACCAACAUCGACCCCUCGACCGACUACCCCUUCCUGAUGCCCGAGUUCGACUACGUCUUCGAGACGGCCUUUGAGGUGCAGAACCUCGGCGACUUCAACUGCACCCUCGAUCGACCCUCCAAGCUCGACAGCGCCACCGCCGCCCUGUCGUCCAACUACCUCAGCCUGGUAAACCACUUCAAGUACCAGAGCUUGAUCGAGGGCAGCGACGCGUUCGUCCCCGACGUCAACAACAUUGAGAUUACCAACAGCGACGGCACCACCCAGGACGGAAACCUGGGCAAGCAUCUCCAGGAGUGCCGCCAGGAGUGGUCCGCCGCCCCCAACUUUGUGCUCGUCGACUUCUUUGAGGAGGGCCAGGUCCUCGCUGCCGCCGACAAGAUGAACGGCAUCUCGGGUGCCACUGGCCGCGAGGCUGUCGAGGAUAGCGAUGACGAGUCCAUGGGCAACAGCCCCGAUAGGCGGCUGGGCAUGGGUGCCCUGACUGCCUUUGUCGCUGCGGCUGUGCUGUUGGUGUAG